GGCGGCGGCCGGCGGGGCCGUCUGAGGGAAUGCACGCGGCCGCCAACAUGGCUGCUGCCGGCCGGGCGGCGCGACCCCGUGAGUGCGGUGCGGGCGGUCCGGGGGCGGCGGAGCGGAGCGGAGCGGGACGGAGCGCGGCGGCGCCAUCCCGGCUGCGGAGCGCGGCGCGGGGCCGGGGGGCGGCGGCGGGGCGGGCGGCCGCGGCGCGUUACACAACGGAGGAGCCUUUGCGUAACGGCGUCAGCCGCGUCCCCGGGCCGCCGCGCUCCGAGCCCCGCGUGCCCCGCGCCGCAGCCCGGGCCGGGCUCUCCGCGUGGCUCUCGCAGCCGGCGCUGAGCGGCGCGGGCGCUCCUCGGGCUGCGGAGCGCCGUUUGAGCGCGGCCGCAUCGCCGCCCGUCCCGUGAAUGGGGCUUUGUGCUUUGUCAUCUCUGGAAGGAACUCGGCGCGGUGCUUCAGACGGAGCGCGUGGGUGGUGGCGGGCGGCAGGCAGCUGAGGGUCCCGCUGCGCUGGAGGGGGCAGGUGGCCGCGGCAGCGCCCAGCACCAAGCCGCAGGCCGAGCCAGAAACGCGGAAACCUAAAACGGGGAUCUUGAUGUUAAACAUGGGAGGUCCAGAAAGGCUGGAUGAUGUGCAUGACUUCUUGCUGCGCCUCUUCCUGGACCGGGACCUCAUGACGCUUCCAGCACAAAAUAAACUUGCACCGUUCAUCGCUAAACGCCGCACACCACGAAUUCAGGAGCAGUACAGCAGGAUUGGAGGGGGGUCACCCAUCAAGAAGUGGACGGCGGUGCAGGGAGAAGGCAUGGUGAAACUGCUGGACAGCAUGUCUCCUCAGACCGCACCCCACAAGUACUACAUUGGCUUCCGGUACGUGCACCCUCUGACAGAGGAAGCAAUUGAGGAGAUGGAGGAUGACGGCAUCGAGAGAGCCAUCGCCUUCACGCAGUACCCGCAGUACAGCUGCUCCACCACAGGAAGCAGCUUAAAUGCCAUUUAUCGCUACUACAAUAAAAAGGGGAAGAAGCCAAAGAUGAAGUGGAGUAUCAUUGACCGAUGGCCCACACACCCCCUGCUCAUCCAGUGCUUUGCCGAUCACAUACAGAAGGAGCUGGACCUGUUCCCACCUGACAAAAGGAAAGAUGUCGUCAUCCUUUUCUCAGCCCACUCGCUCCCCAUGUCUGUGGUGAACCGUGGUGAUCCGUAUCCACAAGAAGUGGGAGCUACUGUCCAGAGAGUCAUGGAGAAGCUGAACCACUCCAACCCCUACCGGCUGGUCUGGCAGUCCAAGGUUGGGCCAAUGCCUUGGCUUGGUCCACAAACAGACGAGACGAUUAAAGGACUGUGCCAAAGAGGAAAGAAGAACAUGUUGUUGGUCCCCAUAGCAUUUACAAGUGACCACAUUGAAACGCUUUACGAACUGGAUAUUGAGUAUGCCCAAGUUUUAGCAAACGAGUGUGGCGUUGAGAACAUCAGAAGAGCGGAGUCACUUAAUGGAAACCCACUGUUCUCCAAGGCUCUGGCAGACUUGGUCUGCUCACACAUCCAGUCCAAUGAGAUCUGCUCCAAGCAGCUGACGCUCUGCUGCCCGCUCUGCGUGAAUCCUGUCUGCAGGGAGACCAAAGCCUUCUUCACCAACCAACAGCUGUGAUGGGCAGGCUGUCUUGUGCAGGAACUGUCCUGGUGAAGCGGUGCUUGGCCAAGCUCUCCUGUGCUACAUCCUUAGUCUGGUAGUCCCAGCAAUGGUAACCUCAUUGAGGUUAUUCAGUGAGGAGUAUUUCUUUUUUUUUAACUUUUUUUUUUUUCUUAUGUUUCCUUUGUUUAAGAAGUGUUUGUAGCAAGUAGGUUUAUCCUGUGAGAUGCGGAAAGGUCUCGUCUCAUCUGGUUCUGAUUGGACUUAGCAUGAGUAUGCACUGUAAAACUUUUAAAAAAGCAAAACAAAAAAAAAAAAACAGGGCUUUUAUACAGAUCAGCUUCUACUUCCUAUGCAGGGAUUUAUUUGUAUGCAAUUUUGUCAUGAGUGCAUUAAUUUCAGUUUUCCAGAUCAAGCAUAUAAUUAUUUUUGUUUAUACACUUAAGGUACAGCAUAACUAGCGUAGCCACCAGUUGUUUCUUCUGACUUCAGGUGGGUUUUAAGAUCAAGUGACCUCUAAUGCUUUUUAAAUAACGUGUCUAUUUUUUUAGAACAUAAAGAUAAGGUUUUAGUUUUGUUUUCUCCUGCUAGAAACGUCCCGUGAAAGCUUGGCUGGGAUAGUAGAACUCAUAAGGUUUGUUUACAUUUUCUAGAAGAGAAAACCACUCAUCACUUGCAGGAAAACCCCUGCAUUUGCAAAGCAUAAAGGUAAAGGAACGAUUCUGGUUGCUGAUGCUGCAGAAUGUGCACGGCACGUGUUUCAAAUCCAGCACACGUUGAUACGUCUUGGUUCAUCUUCUAAGCAAAAUGGCUUUUUUAUCAUUAUUAAAAAGGGCUUUCUCUGGUUAAGUAAGUGUAGGAAGUUGGGCUUGUUCUCCAGCAGGUUUAUAGAUCCGCUCUGCGUGCUUUCUGCUGUGUCACAGCCCUGUGGUUUUUGUGGGAUGCUAUGGAGUUACAUAGGUACAAUUGAUCUAGCUUAAUUGAUGAUGCUAUUUAAAAGUGAGAUGAUAAAUCAAGAGUCAUUUACAUUGCAGAUGCCCAAGCACACAGUGAGAGGAGAGCAGGCUGCCCCUCACGCUGACAGCUGUGUUCUCAGCAUACCUCUGUCAGAAGCCAAAUUCCAUCUGUUCGAUUUCUGGCACCAGUGGUGAGCCUGCAGCUGCAGUCGUAGCUCACCUGUGCUUAUUGCUCGUUGGGCAGGUGUGUGGGUGCACCGGGGCUCCUGCAUCCACUCCUAAGCAGCAGCAGUUCCAUAGAGUGAGAAAGCUUUUAGGGCUUAAUCAGCACUGACAUGCCAGUCCUGCGGCAAUGCAGGGUGUUCUGUAAAGUGAUGAUAGCUCAUCAUGAGGUUCGGGAAGCAGAUAGCUUGCUGCUCGGACAGUAGUUUUUGCUUAUGUAACCGAAGCAGGAGCAGUUUGAAUCCCUCGUCUUUCAAGGAUGGGAUUGUUUAAAAAGCUAAUAGGCCUGUGUUGGUAUAACAGGGACUUAUCUUGUUCUGUUUUAUGCUAGAAGAGUUAACUAGGGGAUAUUAAAAAUAAAUGGCUGCUGUGUUGGCCAGCCAGCAGCCUGGGCAUUGCCAUGGAGCAACACAGAUCUUGCCCCAUGAGCAUCCACGGCCCCAUAUGCCUCAAGGGUUGACUGAAACCCCUCCACUGCCAGCCUGUAGCUCGCAGUGUGGCUCUGGUGAGACAGGCUUAGUCCUCAGCACCAGAGCCUCCUGUGUUGCUGCUGUAGCACAGAAAUCUUCCUCUGCCUGCAGUAUGUGUGCCUCCUCUUGGGGCAGGAGUAGCAGGGACAGGCCUGCAGGUGCCCGGGUGGCAGCACGCUCUCUGCCCAGGGCUGUAGCUUCCAGAACCUCGCUGUGCUUUCAGUGCUCUCUGAUUAGCAGAAGUGUGUCGUUUGCAAACAGCGGGAGGAUCUGUAGGGCAGCUUUUCCCUGUCAGUGGACAUGAGUAGAAAGCAGGCUCUUGAGUGUUGAGUAGGACCUGUGGCAUGGCAGCAGGGUGCUUUCGGCCAAAGCUGUCUCUCUCCAGGAGCUUUGGUUGCCUUCACGCUUUUCAGCUCUCAUUGAGCCUGUCUUGGCACAGAGGGCACCUGAAUGCCUGCGAUGCUGCCAGGACGUUGGCUCCCUCCUGCCUUCUGCCCAGCCUCUGGGCUUUGCUCGGUGUCCCAGCAGGAUAAGGAAGCAGGAUGCUGAUCCCUGCCCAGGUGCAGUCGGCAGGUUCACUGCAUGGUGUAGGGCUGAGACCCACGGAAAGACUUCAAAUCGAUGCCAGAAGAAUGAUGAUGGCAGCAGUGAGUGUGGGCAGGGAACUGUAGCCUUACGUGUCUCGUUGGAGGAAGACUCCUCUCGAUCCCCACUUCUCUGUGUGAUGCUUGUGGGUGGCUGGCAGGGGACUUUGUCAAACCUUUCUGCCCAUGACCCUCUCCUUACCACCUGAUGGUCGUGGCCACCUCUGAAGCUGGGAACCGAAGGUUAACUUUACAUAAUAGUUGCAGUGCAAUAAAUACAGAUUGGCUUUUUAUUUCCAUACUGGAGAGAGUACUGAAAAUACUAGCUGGCACUAAUUAUGAGGCAUUACAUAAAAGGUAUUUAAAAUGCACUUUUUAGUGAGCUAACCGCAAGAGAGAUAAUUACUAAGCGUCUUUAGCGACUGUUGCUCUCAGACCAUAAUGCAGAAAUCACUUAAUUUUCUAGCUUUUAGCAGAUGGAUCACGUCACAUACAGCCAGUGGGUUAUUUUAUUUUCCUGAACAGUUCAUUGUGAUAUCACCCUGUCCUGUUAUUUAGCACAUGUUAUUUCAUCUUAGAGCAGCACCAAGAGCCUGUCAAAAAGCUUUCCGAGCAAGCUCUGCUCUUAUUUUUAAUAGGAAUCAGUUUCUUCCCGUUGCACUUAGAAAUAAGUCUGAAAAAUGAAACCUGAGAGACUGACAACAGUGGGAAUUUAUCUGCCAUUGAGAUCUCCUGAUCCUGGGCUUUGUCUGGGGGCAUUUCCCACUCUGUUUUCCAGCAGUGGAAUGCACUCGACCUUCCUUUGGAUGCUUCCAAGCUGGCUGUCCAUAUCCGAGCCGCUGCCCUUGGUCCUGUCUGUGGUCAGGGGAUGUUUUUUUGGGGCAUUUUCCCCUCCAUUCUUGUGCCUUCCUGCCAUCCACACUCCGCGGUGCUUCGUAGCUGCUGCAUUUGGGAGGCUGUACUCCGAGCUCUGCUGCUGCGCGUUCCUUUUCCCCCUCUGACAGAUUUUCAGCAUUUGGUGCUAUUAACUCAGGACCCGGUCUUGUCAGAUCCUGAGCACUUUGCUCUGAUUGAAUUGAUCCAAGCACAUGGAAUUGUCAGCACUGGGGAGACCGCCGUCCUCUGGCAGUAAUCUAGCUUGACUUUUCAUUAUCAAUUAUACUCUUCGUGCAGAGCUUCGUCUGCGAGUGUUUGUCGCUUCCAUUUGCCUUGGCAGUGCGCAGCAGGGUGGGAGUGUGGGUGAGUUUUUUCUCCUUUGGAGUUCUAUGAAAUCUGGCUGCAUUUUAGCAAACGGGACAGCUUCCAGGAGCAGAGCUGUAAUGCUGAACAGCGCGGGGGGAUAAUUUCGGUGAGCUGAGGUCAGAGGGGUUUUCUCUGUAAUAUUUGGAAGCUCAUCCUGCGUUCCUCUUCUGCCACACUGAGAGAGAGAUGGGAAUCAGCACGGAGUGUGCGGUGCGGAGGAGGGAGAUGUUUCUGUGAUUGCUUCAUGCCAGAUGUGCACAAAUACUUGUGUUUAGUCUACCACGUUUAUUGCAGAUUCAACGAGGACUUCCAUGUAACGUAAGGAUUUGUAUAACCUUGCUGUGUGUCAUGUACCGUAACAAUGGGAUUUCAAUUAAAGACUUUUGGAGGAAACGGC